CUCUAACCCGCGGCGCCUGGGACUCCGGGAGGCGCCAGUAGCGGCGGCAGUGGCUCUGCGGAAACUUUGCCCCCCGGCCGGCCGGCCGGCGCUCUGCCGCCUGCCCAGAGCCCAGCACCCAGUCUCGCCGCCGCCUCCUCCUCCUCCACCACCCCCCUUUGUGUGCCCCGCCCCGGAGGCGGUGGCGGCGGGCAGGCUGUACCACCUUCGUUCUACUUCAUCCUGGUUCCUGGAAGAGAAACCCCACCCCCAUUGAGAAGCCCUCCCCUCCCUUUCCCACCUACCAGCCCCUCUCCCCAUCCAGCUUCCUCACCUGGUGCUCUGGUACCCCUUCAGGGAGGGUGAAAGACAGCACCUAGGGUCAGAAUGAUACCAUCCCGGGAGGCUGCUGCUGGUAUCCUUCCCCAGAUCCCAGGCCCUGGCAAGUGGGAAAGUGGCCCCCAGCUGUGCCAGACCCUAGUGGGCCACAGAAGGUGAAGAGCAGCGGAGCUUGUAAGGAAGCCUGGUGGACAGCAGGCAGCUCAGCUCUCCUGACUUCAGGUGUAGGGGGCCCUUACCUGGAGUGUUGGCAGCGGGUCCUAUGCCCCCUGCCCUGGCAGUGCUAUGAGCCAGUUUCAGAUGCCAGUGCCCAUCCAGCCGGAGCCACCGGGACUUCCCAACUUCCCUCAGGGCAAGGUGAUGCCAGGGAGCUUCAGAGGGGCUGGGCUCCCCACUGGGGUGGCAGGGAGCACAGAGCAACAGCCUGGGGGGUGUGGAGAUGGCCGGAAAAAGCGCAAGCGAUGUGGGAUGUGUGAGCCCUGUCGGCGACUGGAAAACUGCGGGGCAUGUACCAGUUGCACCAAUCGGAGGACCCACCAGAUUUGCAAACUUCGAAAAUGUGAGCUGCUGAAGAAGAAAGCCAGCCUGCUCAAGGAGGUGGAGAUAAAGCCGGUUGACGGGGCCGCUGCUGAGCCUUGGGGACAAGCCACCGCCGUGGCGGUCAAGACAGGCUUGGAGGGAAGCCCAGUUGAUGGACCCGUCCCAGGCCGGAUGGACUCAGGGCCAGUGUACCAUGGGGAGGAACGGCGGCUGAACACUCCCAGGGCCCCAGUCAAUGGGGCCGGAGAACCGGCUGGGCCGGGACUACUGGGGGUUGGAGGAGUAUGGCAGGUCGACCAGAAGCCUGAUUGGGAACCUUCCCCGAGCCCUGCUCAUGCUGCCCACCCAGAAGAUGCCCAUGACCUUGUGGCCUUCUCAGCAGUGGCUGAAGCUGUUUCCUCCUAUGGGGCCCUCAGCACCCGCCUCUAUGAGACCUUCAAUCGGGAGAUGAGCCGGGAGGGUGGCAGCAACCUCAGUGGUCCUCGACCUGGCCCCGAGAGUUAUCCUGCAGGGGGAGAGGACCUGGAUACCCUUCAGACAGCCCUGGCACUGGCCCGCCAUGGUAUGAAGCCACCCAACUGCAACUGUGAUGGGCCUGAGUGUCCUGACUACCUCGAGUGGCUGGAGGGAAAGAUCAAAUCUGUGGCUGUGGCAGGAGGGGAGGACCGGCCUCGGCCACCAGAGUCUUUGCCUCCGAGUGAAGUGGGCCUCCCCACUCCAGGCCCCCUCCAUCCUGGUGAAGUGGGCCUCCCCGCUCCUGGGCCCCUCCAUCCUGGUGAUGUGGGCCUCCCCGCACCUGGGCCCCUCCAUCCUGGUGAUGUGGGCCUCCCCGCUCCUGGGCCCCUCCAUCCUGGUGAAGUGGGCCUCCCCGCUCCUGGGCCCCUCCAUCCUGGUGAAGUGGGCCUCCCCGCUCCUGGGCCCCUCCAUCCUGGUGAAGUGGGUCUCCCUGCACCUGGGCCUCUCCAUCCUGGUGAAGUGGGCCUCACUGCUUCUGGUCCCCCCCUCCAUCCUGGUGAAGUGGGCCUCCCAGCCCUGGGCCCUGGGCCCCUUCUCAGCCCUGAUGCUCCCCAGCUGCACUCACCCAAUGGUCUGCCGCUUUCAGAGAGUGCCCUAAACAUCGCCAAGGAGAAAAACAUCAGCUUGCAGACAGCCAUUGCCAUAGAAGCCCUCACCCAGCUCUCCUCCACCCUGCCCCAGCCAUCCUCCUGCCCGCAGUCCAAGGCCUUAUCACCAAAUCCUCCUUUUCGACCUCCUCAGUCUUACCUUCCCACUUCCCCGUGGCCUGUGGGUCCGCCUGAAGAGCCUCAAUCCUGUGCUCCUGAGAGUUCAGCCUUCCCUCCAGUAGCCCCCCGCACUGAGUUUCCUGAGGUCUGGGGCCCAGACACACCGCCUGUGACACCUUGUACCUCCUGGCCAGUCCCCCGAAAUGGCCCUGACCCCAUGGCUGAGCUGGAACAACUUCUGGGCAGCUCCAAUGACUACAUCCCAUCAUCUUUCAAACGGCCUGAGGCCCUGCCUGCCAAGCCCAAGAUCAAAGUUGAACCCCGUUCCCCUCCUGCCCCUGCUCCCAGUCCCCGGAAGGAGGCACCUACUCCAUCCUCAGAUCCUGACACCCACCGAAAGGUCCAGUCAACUCUCCAACAGCACCUGCAUCACAAGCGUAGCCUAUUCCUUGAGCAGAACCCGGGCAGUGCCUGCUCCAGGGCCUCCUCGGUGCCCCCCAACCGGGGCUGGUGGGCCCCUCCAAUUCCCGGGAGCCCUCGGCCCUCUGACAAGCCAGGCAAGGAAAAGAAGAAGAAACAGCUACCUGCAGUUGGUGGCCUGGUGGGGGGUGAGAAACGUGCCCUAGGGCUCAAGACGGUCACUCGCAAAAUAGUGCAAAUCAAGAAGCCCAAGAUACGAGACUCCCACCCUCGCUUCAUGCCUCUACGCCAGAUCAACCUGGAAGUGUUGAGGAGCCCUGCUCCUGGGGCCCCGAAGGCAGGUGCCACACCCUCUCCGCCUCCCUGCAGGGGCACCUCCAUGCCUGAAGUCCCAGCCCCUUCCCAUGCAUUAUUUGCACCAGGUCCCUCUGGGGGCAGCCUUUUGCCCCCUACUCAGGAAAUGGCUUGUCCCAGCCUUGCCGCCGCCCUGCAGUCCAGCCCUGCUGUCCCCUUGGUCCCUGCUGAUGACAAACUGGAGGAGCUCUUCCAGCAGUUUGAAGCAGAGUUUGGAGACAACUUUGGCCUUGCAGCGGCACCCCCAGCCCCUGCCUGCUCCCCCGAGCACCUGGCAUCCUGUGUCCUGCGCCCCGAGAGCCCCUUUUCUGGACGCUCCAGAAAACAGAUGAAGAUUGAGGCGUCAGGCUCUGUUGCUGUGAUUUCUACCACCUGCCUGGAGGCGGAGGAAGGGGGCCUGGAGACACCCACCAAGCAGGAGCAGACAGCCACUCCCAACCUCCGGGGCUUCCUGGAAUCUCCACUCAAGUACCUGGACACCCCCACCAAGAACCUGCUGGACACCCCCUCCAAGAGAGCCCAGGCCGAGUUCCCUGUCUGUGAGUGUGUCGAGCAAAUAGUGGAGAAAGAUGAAGGUCCAUAUUACACCCACCUGGGGGCUGGGCCCUCUGUAGCAGCCAUCCGAGAGCUGAUGGAGGACCGCUAUGGAGAGAAGGGGAAAGCAAUCCGAAUCGAGAAGGUUGUUUACACCGGCAAGGAAGGGAAGAGCUCCCGGGGCUGUCCUAUCGCCAAGUGGGUGUACCGGAGAUACACUGAGGAAGAGAAGCUGCUUUGUUUGGUCCGCCAUCGCUCGGGGCACCGCUGUGAACAAGCCGUCAUCAUCAUUCUCAUCAUGGUCUGGGAGGGCAUCGGCCCAGAACUGGGGGACACCCUGUACCGGGAGCUGACGGAAACCCUUCGCUGCUAUGGGAAUCCCACCACCCGGAGAUGUGGCCUCAAUGAUGACCGAACCUGUGCAUGCCAGGGGAAAGACCCGUCCACCUGUGGUGCCUCCUUCUCCUUCGGGUGCUCUUGGAGUAUGUAUUUCAAUGGCUGCAAGUACGCCCGGAGCAAGUAUCCUCGAAAGUUCCGCCUCACAGGGGACAAUCCUGAAGAGGAGGAAAACCUUCGGAAACACUUUCAGAACCUGGCCACUCAAGUCGCCCCCCUGUACAAGAAGCUUGCACCCCAGGCCUAUCAAAAUCAGGUGAACAAUGAAGAAGAAGCAAUAGACUGUCGCUUGGGACUGAAGCCAGGCCGGCCUUUCUCAGGGGUCACAGCCUGCAUGGACUUCUGUGCUCACGCCCACAAGGAUCAGCACAACCUGUACAACGGCUGCACAGUGGUAUGCACACUGACCAAGGAGGACAAUCGCUGUGUGGGUCAGAUCCCAGAGGACGAGCAGCUACACGUCCUCCCCCUCUACAAGAUUGCUAACACAGACGAGUUUGGCAGUGAAGAGAACCAGAGGGCGAAGAUGGCGAGUGGGGCCAUCCAGGUGCUAACCGCCUUCCCCCGCGAGGUCCGCCGGCUCCCUGAGCCUGCCAAGUCCUGCCGCCAGCGACAGCUGGAAGCUCGGAAGGCAGCAGCUGAGAAGAAGAAGCUCCAGAAGGAGAAGCUGCUCACUCCAGAGAAGAUCAAGCAGGAGGUGCUAGACAUCCCUGAGCUGCUCCAGACUGAUCCAGGUCUCUCUUUGAAGCACGGGCUCUCCCAACAAGCUCUGAAGCCCUCCAUCAAGGUGGAGCCCCCAAAUCACUACAGCUCCUUCAAGUACAGCGGCAAUGCGGUGGUGGAGAGCUACUCGGUGCUGGGCAGCUGCCGGCCCUCAGAUCCCUACAGCGUGAACAGCGUCUACUCUUGUCAUUCCUACUAUGCACAGCCCACCCUGAGUCCUAUCAAUGGGUUCCACUCCAAGUUUGCUAUUCCAUCCUUCGGCUAUUACGGCUUCUCCCCCAGCAGCUCUGUCUUCCCCUCGCAGUUCCUUAACUAUGGUGCCAACAGCCGAGGCCCGGGCAGCUGGGGAGGCCCCAUUGGGGUUUUCGAUAAGAAGCCGGAGCUCCAGGCCCUGCAGAGCAGCCUGACACAGGCGUAUGGUGGCCCCGAGUUUACUGAGCUGCCAGGCCGGGCUGUCAGCGGUGACGGCCACCAUACACCUCACCACCAGCCUGCCUAUCCAGGCCCCAAGGAGUACCUGCUCCCCAAGGGCCACCGGACUCGCCCCACAGCCGCAGACCCCUCCCCCUUUGCACAGAGUGGCCCCUGCUUUGGUCAAGUCAUCAAGCAGGAGCCAUGUGACCACCUGCCCCAGGCUGAGCCCCUGCCUGGGGUACCUGGGAACAUGGGCAAGGCCCCUGUCCCUGAGGCGUUCCAGAACGGGACAAAGGAGCACCUGUGGGGCAGUGCCCUCCCAGGCAGCCAGAGCGCUUCUCCAAAGAGGACUACUGGUGUGAGCGGGGCCUGGGGCAUGUUUGCUCCUGGAGAAAGUUCUGUCCUCCCUGACAAACUGGGCUCCUUUGGUGCUAGCUGUGUGCCAGCGGCCCGUCUCCCAGACAGCCAGUGGAGCCUGUUCCCCCCAGAAGGGGGGCAGCCACCCCAACAGCCGCCACUGGGGCCUCCCAAUGGAGCCGGCCUGCUGAGCAAGGCUUGGAGCCCGUGCAAGUUUCGAGACAGUACUGCCACCUUAAAUGGGCCCAGUCUGGCAGAGAAGCCAUGGAGUGUGGGAGCAGACUUCAGCCCUGCUCUCAAAGGAGGUACAAGCUACCCGGAAAAGCUGUGGGGGUCUGUGAAAGGGGACGAAGGAAGGACUCCAACCCCGGCAGGGCCCAGCCUGCCUGACAAAGCCUGGCCCUCUUUUGGCAUGUCCCUAGGUUCUGGGACCCUAAAGCCUGAGGAAAAGCUAUGGGACUCCUUGAACCUUGGGGAGGUGCCAGCAGAGGGGCCCUCGGACAAGGGGGCAGUGAAGGAAGAAGAGGUGGGCGGCAGUGGGGGUGGCAGCGGCGGUAAUGUCGGCAACAACGUAGAGGAGGAAGAUGAGGAAUUGUGGUCUGACAGCGAGCACAACUUCCUAGAUGAAAACAUCGGCGGUGUGGCUGUGGCCCCCACCCACGGGUCCAUCCUGAUCGAGUGUGCCCGGCGUGAACUGCACGCCACCACCCCCCUUAAGAAGCCCAACCGAUACCACCCUACCCGCAUCUCGCUGGUGUUCUACCAGCACAAGAAUCUCAACCAGCCCAACCAUGGCCUGGCCCUCUGGGAGGCAAAGAUGAAGCAGCUGGCCGAGAGGGCCCGGGCCAGGGAGGAGGCGGCGCGGCUGGGCCUGAGCCAUCCGGAAGUCAAGCCCUUUGGGAAGAAGCGCAAGUGGGGAGGGACAGCCGCCCCAGAACCCCAGCAGGAGGAAAGGAAAAACCCGAUCCCCACCCGCCACGUGCCAGCCAUCACCACCGACUCGGUGGUCACGGUCUCCUCCUAUGCCUAUACUAAGGUGACAGGGCCCUACAGCCGCUGGGUCUAAAGCAUGGGGGAGCCAUCUUACCUCAGCAUGCAAGGCGCCAAAGCCCAGGGCCACCGUUGUGGUGCUUUCCCCUCGCCACCUGGGCUGGAGAGCCAGGCUGGGCAGAAGUACUGCUGUAUGUAUAUGGAGCUACCACACCUGCGUAUAUGUACGGAGAGCUCUGCUCCAGCACAGACCUCACCAGAGCUCCCCCUUCUUUCCUCUCCUCCCCCGGCACUUUGAGGAAGAGCCUGUGGCUGCUGGAAGUUUUUCAGUAAUCUUCGUAUUUAGAUCUCCACAUUGGGUUUUUUCCCUUGGUCGGGGACUUUGGUUUUAUUUUUUAAGAAUCCGUCCUUGUGUAUGACAAGAAUGGAAGAAGAGUUUAUAGCAUCCUUUCACAAAGGAGUGGUUUUUAAUUGCCAUUUAAAAUGUGUAUUUAUUGGAUUAAAAAAAAAAAGGAACAAUGAUGACAGUCACCUAGCCGGCAAGAAAAGCCAGAAUUCCAGACAGCUUCUGUUCCCAUCAGAAGGUCUUUGCGGGAGUGGGUCCUUCACACCACCCGCUCAGGCCCCCCCCCAGAGCUGACAGACCACUUGGCUGUGUCUCUCAAAGCAAGUGCAGAUGUCCAAGCACCACUUCCUUUCCUUCUGGCAGAUACACACUUCUUAUCACUUUGUGGGAAGCAAGCCCAUUGGGGCAGGACGGGUGUUCCAUCAGGGGCGGUUGGGAAAUCUGCCAGAGCCACUCCGCCGGGGCUUUCUUCAUCCCCUGCCCUCACAUCGGCAGCAAACGCGCCACACACCUGAGCCACCUGACGGAUACUGGGGUCGGCUUCUUCAGAAACCAGGCUGGAGGUAGACACGUUUCAGGCCUGCUAGUCUCCACACUGAAUCUUCUUUGUCCGUUAUUUAGCAAAUCACGUUUUGUCCUCGGUCACCAGGUAGCACUCGAUGCCAGAGUUGCAGUUGCGGUGGAGAAAGGAUGCUUCCUUAAAUCAGCCACUUCAGCUGCAGUGUGCAGCUACUUGACAUGAUACUUGGGGGCUGAAGGAAUCUAAAUCUUAACAGCAGUUUUAAAAAAUCCAACCAAUAAGAACCCCCACCCCUCAUGAUCUAUGCUAAUAUGGAAAAAGGGCUACUGUAUCUUUAAAAAAAAGGCAAACAAACUGUGAAUAGUUGCUCCGUGUAUAUCACUGUUGCAAAGUCUGGUGCUGUCUAGGAUUUUGCUUUUGACUCUCCAGUCCGAGAGAGCUGGGCAAACCGGAAUAACAAAAAGCAACUUGGAGAUCCUCAUUUCCUGGAUUUUUACUUUGGACCAUGGUGCACGCGGCAUCCUUGAACCACCUGCCCCACUCUGGCCCUGGGGCCUGGGAGGUGGAAAAGGGUCAUUCCUUACAGAUGCAAAUUCAACUGGUUGCUACUUUGAGGUUUCUUUUCCAGCUGGUGCCAUCUCCCCCUCUCCCUCCUCCUUCCUUGUCCUCUCUUCUUCCUCUUCCUUUAUUUCUUGUCCGCCCCUCCCCCCUCAAGGAAAGAAGAAAAAAAAUCCUUCAGUUUUCCCUUUUAAAACUGGUGCAUUCAAACAGCUCAUUGAAACCAGAAGUUUCAAUUGUUCAGUUGAAACAAUAGGUGCUUACUUUUUUUGCAACUUUGUUCUGAGAGCCUGAAAAAAGUGGUUGGGACCCAUAGGUCAACAAGCAAUUGAUCUGUAACAAACCAGACUCCUGGGGGAGGGGGUGUGAAUUUCUGUGGUAUUAGCUAAACUUGCCUGGCGCUAGCUAGCUCCCCCUCCCGGGCCCCCCCAUUCGGGCAGGCACAGGUGGGCGGGGCAGGGAUGCCCCCCUCCUGGCUGCCACCGCUGCCUCCUUACAUCACCCCACCUGUGGACCUGGCCUCUCCCCACGGGUGAACCAAAACUGAGCCCUAAGAGAAUUCAGUCAAGUCCUUUUUCAGAGCGGCCGCAGCUGGCAGUGGGUGACAGUCUGUUCCCAAUCCGGACAAAACCAGAUGGAUUCGACAGUCCACUUCCCGCACUUCUAGGUGCCUUUCCCCGAGAGCUGAGAACUGAAUCCAAUCCUUUGUUUACUGAAAUGUUCCUGGAGCACUGGCAGAGAACCUCUGUGAGACGUCCUGAGGGAGCAUUGGCGUGGUCUGAUUUUAACUGUAAAUAGUGAAAGAUUUUUUUUAAAGCACUUUCACCUAGAUUUAAAUAGCAACUUGAAAAAAAAGCAGUAUGUUUUAACAGAUGAUAAUGGGAGACCUGUAAAUAGUAGCUGUGUAUUUAACGUGCUUUUUGUCCACCUUUUUUUUUUUAAAGAAACCAUAAUCCGUAACAAUUCUUUUUACAGGAUAAGAAUGAGUGCUUUUGAAAUCAAUACCCAAGAGCCUAUCAGGAUUGAGGAUGGUUCCAGACUCAGAUUUAUAGGAAAUCCUUGGCACUCCCCGGUGCAACGUGACAAAAGCCUUUAAAAGGAUUGGCCGACGCUGAGCAUGCUAAUUUUCGAAUUUUGAGGAACCAGUUGGGGCAGAGCAGUCCUUUGGAUGCUAGCUUGCUUUGCUGUGUAUGCAGGUCUCAUUCAACUCUGGACUUAGGUAGACAGACGCAGGGGUGCCUUGAAAACUUCAUUUUAAAAUCUCUCUGAGAGCGAGUUGACUAUUUUUAAGGAACGCUUUGAGAAUGUGACCUUCUAUUUGACCUUUAGACAUCCCAGGUGGGUGGGGUGGCUGCUGGGAUGGGUUUGGAAAGUAUUUCCAGUAUAAUCCAGGGGAUUCUGAUAAAUGGCAUAUGUGACUUACUCUUCCUGAUGUUACUUCUUCUUUGGUCUCACCAACCUGGUGGCAAAGUCACAAAGAGAAUGGUAUCCAAAAGGAGAAGUUAAUCCAGCUAACUGCAUGUGUCUUUUCUAUCCCAGCCCCCCAGUCCAAACAACCUUUGCUUUCUUAACUUUUAGACUAGAACACAGGCUGUUCAGAAAAGAGAAAAAGGGGCAGCCUCCAUUGGAUGGCUCCAUCCCAGAUAAAACGGUGUUUUGAUGGAAAUGAUAGUACUUUUGCAAUGUUCAAAACCAUGCUGUUUUUUACACACUACAUAUAUAACCUACCUCAAAUCUCAGUCAUUAAAAAUUAGCAUGCUUUAGACUUAUAUUAAAAAGAAAAAAAAAACUAUGCACAGCUAUUUACCCCACCUUUGCUGCUGAAGGUUUCUUAAAGAGAAAAAUCAAUUUUUUUUUAUUUUUUACUGGCGCCAUCAUUUUUGUAAGCUCUGAAGAUGAUUAACAGAUAUCUUGAUCAUGAGAAAGAAAAAUGAAAGCCAUUGCAUCUGAAGAACCUUAACAGCAUGACCCAGUUUUGCUCAAAGUUCACCUAAUAGAGUGACACGAGAUUCAUGGCCUUUUAUCCUUGGAUCUUUCCCCUUUGUUUUGGCUCCAAAUGCCAUCUGUACUCAAUGAAGAGUUGAGGUUCAACUGUCAAAGGAAAGACUUGCCCAAAACUGUGCUUCAGGUUUGGGGGUGGGGGUGGUGUGGAGAGGGAUCACUGUUUGCAGCAGGUUAUCAUAUAAUUGGUGCUAGAGCCUCGAACCACCGUCUGACCAUUGGACAUUUGAAUUAAGCUGUUUUGUGGGGUUUGUUUUUCAUUUUUUUUUCUCCUUUCUGCAGAACCCGAGGUUCCUAGAUUCUCGUUUCCCCUCUACUGCUUUGCCUUCUUCCUGAGACUACAGUGGUGGGGGUGAAUAGACAUGUUCCCACUAUCAAAAGGGCCCUCUUUGUGGCCAUCCCUGUGUGUUAUGGGAUCAGAGAGUCCCACAACUGGAAGAUUCCCCCCCCCCAAAAGGACCAAAUCUUAAUUGCACUGCAUGUAUUAUACCAAGCAGAGGAGGGUGUGCAGAGAUCAGAGGAGGGUAAACACAGUUCACUGAGAGAAAUUCAUCCAGCAAGAUUUUCUUUUUCAAGUUCAUCACCACCACCGUAUCCCCAAACUAAGGCAUUGCAGAAGGAAAACUAAAUAUACAUACACACACACACAUAGAUCCCUGAUGUGCCUCAACCAAUAUCUCCCCUUUUAUUACUGAAGUAUGCUCUAUGGACUAGGAAGCAUAUUUUUAUGAAUUGAAAUAUUCUAAAUAAAAUGGUGCUAUGGUGUUUUAACAUAAUUGUCUCCCUAUCCGGUUUUGCUGAGGUGCUAUGUAACCUAUCUCAAACCACAUACCAAACGAAAAACGAGGGGGCCUCCCUGCCCGUUGGCUUUCUUUUCCUUGUGGUGCUAUCUCCUGGGACCUCUGCUUUGGCAAUGAAUCUGGACUGCAUAGUCAAAUUGCUGUUUCCCUCCCUUCAGUGUGAAGUGGGAGCCAAGCUCUGCCCUUACUUCCCUUGCUGUUGAUGGAAACAUACUUAGUUCAGGAAGGGCUGGCCCACCUGGAGUCUUACAUUUAGUCUCUGGGUUCUAAACCAGUCAUCCCAUGGGCUAGUUACAAGAGAAGGUGGAGAGCGCUAACUUUGGGAAGAGAAAGAUAGAGAACUCUUCCUUCUCUUCCUUGAGCUCAGCAGUCAUUCUUAGCCCCUUUCUCUUCAUCAGGCACCCCUCCCACUUGUAAAGGUAAAUUUCUCAGGGAGGCCUGGGGGAAGGGGGGAGUUUGCUUGGGGAAGGUGUAAACCAAAUGGGAACACCUUCCCUUCCUUCCAGGAGCUCAGUUCGCAGUUGAAAGGCAGGAAGAAAUAUUAAGUUGCUCUUCCCACUCUUGCCCCCACACCCUACUCUGCUCCUUUGGGCCCGUGGUUGCUUCUACCUAAAAAUAACAUUUUACAUUGAAGUAGGUGCCUACCCUUGACGGCGAUGAGUGGUCCACUUUGGCUAAUCAUGGUGUUUCCUUUAGGUCAGCAUUUGGGAAGAGAGAGGAUGGCGGUUCUGGCUGCUUUUCAACUCCUUUGUCAUAUGUUGGUGCUACUUUGAUUUUCUCUUGGGUUCUAGGGAGUUGACAUUUUGAAACCGACCAGAAAGCUAGGCUUUGCAUUGGCACUGCUAUCGUCACGAUACCUAAGAAACAUACCUCAAAAGCUAGACUAUUGUGAGGGUGGAGGUGGCUAGAAUCUGAAAGAAGUGUCUCCACACUAGGAAAUGCAUUUUGUUCAUAUGACACUGUACUCAUUGGGGAGAGUAUGGGAGGGGCCUUUUUUGUAUUAUUCUUAGGCAGUGUAUUUUCAAACACCUAAUUAGGAGCAAUUUCCUCAGGCUCCCAGACUUCCUAUGAGCUUUCCUGACUGGUCAUUUUUCGGCAUUUGGAAUGGAACCUUGAGACCAGUCCCACUCAGCUGGAAUCAACAGCCACUGUUGCAUCAUUCUGUGGCCCCCUCAAAAAGACAGGUUUUUUGGAGGAAACUAAUCGCUGCACAAAUUGAAAAAAGGGAAUGGAUUUUCAAUUGGAAGGUGGGGGGCAAAGAGGGGGGUUAGCUAUGUGGUAAUAGAUAGAAAAUACUCCAGGCCCCCAGAUUUUAGGUUCCUCCUCCCUUCCACCCCCCAACCAAGAGUUUCCACAGGUAGAAGGAACAGUAAAGUCCAAAUAAUGGGCAUUUCUUUCCCCUUAAGCAAAGAUUAUCCAACAGAAAGCCCAGGUUUUUCAAUGUUCUUUGCCUAAGAAUCUGGGAACAAUUUGGCCCACUUUCUCAUUUCUUUCUCUUCUAAUAUCAGGGAUACUUUUAAAUAGUGGUUUUAAUUUUUUUUUGGCCAUUUUUUCUCAUUCUAGCAUCAUUCAGGGAUAACUCACCAUUCUUCACAUGGAAAUCUAUAAAAGAAAAGGACAGAAAUAUUAUUUCAUUGGUUUCUGCUUUCCAAACUUUUCUUUUUAAUUUCGUCUUCUUGAAUGCCUCUGUUUUUCUCCCCUUUGGGGAUGAGAGGUGCUAAUGCCGUUUCUUUUUCAUGACUUUGAAUAAAAAAGAAGUGAGAGCAGGUUGGACUGUGGCAGAGUGAUGCGGUAAAGUGGUCUUGAGCUGUAGCUUGUCAGUGAAUCUCAUUUUCUCUCUCUUUGAAUUCCUGUUUGGUUACCUGGCUUCCUAUGGAGGUGAACUUCCCAGCCAUACUUGAAGAUUCCGUCUAGACUCUGUGACCGUGGUUACUUGAAAUGAAGUUUAUCUGGGGUUGGUUGAUGAAUGGUAGAGUUUGCAAUGUCUCAAGGCAAUAGGAUGUGUAUUAUUAAACUGUAGAUAUUAUUAGUACAGUAAAUUUAUGCUGAUAAUUUUAUUUUGUAUAAUUAUCUUUUUUUUGGUUAAUAUUUUUCCUUCCCCUGCCCUUUUUUUUUUGUUUAUCCCCUACCUGACCCUGUUCUCUCCUACCUCCCUUUCUAUAAAAGCCACCUCCUGUCCUCCCUUCCCCUCAGUGUUUCAGUAAAUUUAUUUUCAGGUGCCUAAAUAUUGCAAGUAUGAAUCCUUUUUUUUUUUUGAUUUGUAUUUUAUUAUGAUUUACACAAACAGCUGGUUUGUGAACUGUAUUACUCCUGAUAUCUUUAAAAUAUUGUGGGUGUUUUAAUAAAUUUUAUAUUUAUUUUUUGCA